CUUACAAAUAUAAAAUUAUGAUAGUAUUUUCUAAUUUCCAGAUUCCAAUUUAUUUCAAUAUAUGUUACCAAUUUCAGGACCAUUCUUGUUUGGAGAUUUUACUCUUAAAGUCGAAAGUUUAUUUUUAGUCGUUUAUUAUUCAACAAUGUAUUACUAGAUACCUAUUGAGAUAAGAAAUAUUAUUUUUGUUUUAAUUAAGUAUUCGUAAAUUAAUCAAAAACCACAAGUACAAAAAAUACACGAAAACAAAUCUUAUAAAAAGAUAAGUAAAGGAAGAAAGUGACAUAUGGAAGUCAGUGAAGCAUAUUGACAUUAAAACAACUUUGUCACUAAAGUAUAUUAUAUCCAUACAUUUUUAAAUGUUUUACUAAUGAUGGAGUCAACAGAAGAAGUUGGAGUUGUUAAACCACCGAAACUAAAGUUACUGAAUUGUGUAAUUUAUCCUGGUGUUGUUAACAAUGUGGAUCAUGCUAUUAAAAACCUUGGUGGUAUUGAUGAAAUUGCACAUGCAUUUGAACGUCAAGAUGCCACAUUGUCCGUUAGUUUGGUAAAAUCAGAAUUUGGACCAACAUUAAGUGGUCAUAAAAACUUUGGCAGAUCAUUAUUAGUAUCUGUGAAAACUAAAUUUAAAGUGAAUAAAAAAACCGGAAUAAAAAGUUCAAUGGAAAUUCAAUCUAUUGAAGUUGUAGGUGUUGUGCAAAAGACUUAUACAUUUACUAAUAUGAUAGAUUUUGCUUAUUUUCCAUCUCAACCUAAUUGUUCAGAAUUAUGGCAUUCUAAAAACUUGAUAGAUAUGCAAUGGGCGUUAAAAAAAAAUGUUCCAUUAGUUUUGUUACCAAACAAGCUUGGUAAUCAUAAUGAACCACAGUCUGACUUUUAUGAUCUAGUAAAUCUUAAAAAACUUGACAUGUUAUCAAAAAAACACCGAUUACGACCAUAUGUUCGUAAUUUUACUAAGAAUAAUCGUUUUGAUGAUAAUGAUUUACCACCUAUACCUUUUGACUUAUUGAAGUAUUGUUUAACUGUCAAAAUGUUUUCACCGGAUGAAAAAAGAUUAAUUGAUAAACUAUUUGAAAAAAGACCUAUUUGGGUAAAACCUGCACUCUUUCAUUUUGCUAAAGUUAUAAACAAAGAAAAAAUGAAAUAUUUACUGCCAACUACAGGAUACUUCACAACAACAGGACCUUUUCGCCGCAUGUGGGUCAGACAUGGAUACAAUUAUCAUAAUGAUCCGUCUAACUACAUAUAUCAAUUAAUUGAGAUACGAAAUAACUGGCUUGAUGACCAUCACCCAGCUAAUCCAAAAAAAGCCAAAUUCCAAAUCCAAGAUUACGAUCCAAAUGCUGCUGAAAAACAGUUUUAUUUCUCACCAAAUUCAAUUCCAUUAUCAAUUGUAGCCAAUUAUCAGUUAUGUGAUAUUCAUUUGCCUGAAGUUCAAGAAAUGUUGAAAAAUGCAUCUCUGUCGUCUUCUUGUAGUAAAACGGCAGGAUGGCUCAGUAAAGAGUUUAUUGAUAAAAUUAGAGUAGUUAUGUAUAAAUAUUUAGAAAGUGCAUGGCAAAAGUAUUUAAUGGGAGAAUUAUCUUUAAAUGACACUGAACAGAUUAAAUUGUAUAAGGAUUAUAUGGAAGAAGACAAUUUAGAUUAUACUAGACAGAGAAUAACAAAAAUAUUAGAAGGGCAUGAGGAAAGCAAUCAAGACAGUGAAGAAAAUGAUGAAAUUAAUUUUGAAAAUGAAGGUCCUAAUGAUGAGUAUGAUAAAUGGGCUGCACUGGAUCGUGACGAGUUAGCUAAAAUAGUUUUUUCAGAUUCUCGCGUCAAAACAGAAGCGAUCAACUCCAAUCCUGGUAGUGAUAAUGAAUACGAUGUUGAUUUUAAAAUUAAUAACUUGAGUGUUACUAGUUAAAGAAAAAUUAAAUGCUAUUUUUCAAAAUAAUGUAAUUUUUCGUUUAUAUUUUUAUACUAAUAGAAUGUUACAUACACUUAUAACAUAUAUAUUUAUUAAUAAUUCAACAAAUUAAGUGCUGAUGCAAAAUUGCAACAUAUUUAGAAUUUAUAUGUGUAUCACGACUGGGAUGUGUAUAAUUAUUAGAACAUUAAGACAGGGCUGGCAUUUUGAAAUAACACAAUUUGCUGCAUAAUGUAGAAAAUUAUUAGUAUUACAUUAAUUUUGUUGUAAUUUUAUCUUUAUUAUAUUAUUUAAAAAAUUAAAAAUAAAUAUCAUAUUUAAAACUUUGUAACAUAGCUA